AUGUCAUUCGAUUUGACGAAUGCCCCAGCAGUGUUCAAGGAUCUGAUGAAUAAGAUGUUCAAGGAAUUCCUCGACACCUUUGUGAUUGUUUUUAUUGAUGACAUCUUGGUUUAUUCCAAGACAGAGGUCAAAUAUGAGGAGCAUUUGCGAAAAGUUUUGGAGAUGUUGAGGGCCAAUAAGUUGUAUGCUAAGUUUUCUAAAUGUGAGUUUUGGUUAAGACAGGUGUUCUUUCUAGGGCAUGUAGUAUCGAAGGAAGGAGUCUCUAUGGAUCCUGCAAAGAUUGAGGCAAUUACGAGUUGGGCUCGUCCAACCACAGUCAGUGAGAUGCGCAGUUUCCUGGGGUUAGCAGGCUACUAUAGACGAUUUGUAAAGGAAUUCUCUCACAUAGCCACCCCAUUGACUCAGUUGACCUGA